AUGCCUGGCGUGUUACAAGUGAAAGAUCCAAGAAAAAUGAAGUUCCCACUCAAGUCCGCGGAGAGCUCGGAGUUUAACGAAGUCGUGCAGAUAAACAAUCAGAAGAUCUGCAUGACAGACUUGGGAUAUAAUCAAAUACUGGUUAAAAUAGAUCACUUUACGAAGUUGGCAGAAGCGGAGGAGAUUUGUGACCAUUUGAUAACAAAUUGGAUAUCACGAUAUGGUUUUCCGAUGACAUUCCAGUCGGACAACGGGAAAGCCUUCGUUGGGGACUUUACAAAAGAGUUGAUGAGGAGAUCGCACAUUGCUCAAGCCAACUCAAUUACUUACCAUCCCCUUUUUAACGGACUAGUUGAGAGACAAAACAGAACGCUGGUGAACAUGCUCAGGGUGUAUUGCUCGAGAUAUAUGACAGACUGGGAUAAAUAUCUGCCGCAAGUGGUAGGGGCGUAUAACAGCACGCAACUUUCGACAACAGGAAUUAGUCGCUUCAUGAUGUUGACAAGCAGGGAAAGAGCGAUACACAAACGAGGCAGCGGAAGAAGUAUGAGAAGAUAA